AGAGAGAGAGAGAGAGAGAGAGAGAGAGAGAGAGAGAGAGAGAGAGAGAGAGAGAGAGAGAGAGGGAGAAAGGAAUGACAACAGAAUGUGAACCAUCCAAUAGAGGAAAUUGAAUAUAUGGAGUGUCUCCCAAUCCUUGUACCAGUGUCGGAUUUCAGGGACGCUGGCAUGGUUUGGGGGGGGCAGUGUUGAGGACUUUGCAACAGUUUGUGUACCAGAUACCUCUCAUUCUCAUCUUCAUCACCCCACACGCUUUAGUGUGCGUACGUGUAGGUGUGUUUGGACUGCUUUAAGUGCCUCAUUCUCUGUCUCAUAACUCAUCGUUUUUAUUGCCAUUAUCUGUUUCCGAAAUAAGUAUUUCCUUUUGGGGGGAUUUCUUGUAAGUGGAUAAUUCCCACAAACAAUUCUCUUGAAAAUUAAACUAUAAAUAUUUGUAUUGAAUGUGUUUUGAUCCUAAUAAAUUCAACGUGAAAAAAAGACUGCAAUGAAUUCUACUUUGAGAGUUUGUAAAGUGUGAAUAUAUUUAGAUCUCACACAUGACGACGUUUUCAUUGGUCGAAUAGCUAGUGCUGUGAGUCAUGAGGCGGCCGCUCGGCUGACAUGCGUCCUAGUAACACUCUACUCGACGUUUUCCAAUGAGGAUUAAAGCAAACUUCUUCAGUCACAAGCAGUUGGUACUAGACCGGUCAGCGCAGUCACAGUAGUUAGAAAAACUGAAGUGUUAGCUUAAAACGUUUAGAAAGCAAGCUGGCUAAAGACCCGUCUUGAGUGUAACAAGUCAACGAGUGACAAACCGUAUUUAUAUUUCGAUCUAGCAAAAAGUCAUGAUAGAUUGUUACUUUUAGGAAUACUUGAGGCUAAAAGGACUACACUUUGUCCUGGCUUCAUGUAAACAUUUUUAACAUGAUGCGGUAUAGCGAUUACUAGUUAUGAAGUCCUCACUUGCUAAUUUGUUUAAGAUAGCACUAAGUUAGCUAAAACUGGCUAGCUAUUUCGCUUUUCAAACGCAACGUGAAUGAAGGCACGAAGGAGCCAUCCACAGCGCAGUGAUGUCAGAAGAAGCGGAGGGCCCCUCGUCUCCCUCCCCCUCAGUGUCCUCUGUCUCCCUGGUGGAGAUCAAGGAGGACACCCGCCUGGUGCUCAAAGCCUUCCUCCGCCACUCUCUGGCCAUCCCUGCUGGCGAGCGAGCGGGGAGGGUUGGUGGAGGCUACAGGGACUGCACCAAGUACAGUGCUAGUGUGAAGGACCCCAGGAGGAGGGUGAAGGAUGUGCUGACCUCCCAGGAGGAUGAGGUCAGCUCAGCGACUGACAAAAGAAGCUUCAAGGACAUCAUAAAGAGACUGCAGCCGCGCCGCUCGCUCAGAGACGGCCCAGACCAGACCAAAAAAGCUUCCUUGGAGAAGGAAGGAGGUUGGAAGGGCACCAGUCCAGGAGCAUUGCGACUCAGAGAAAAUCUUGACGCAGAGCCUUCCUCAGCAUCCUCUACAUCAGAGGAAGAGGGCAGCGAAGUCAAACUAAAGAAAAAGAAGAAAAAGAACAAAUUGAAAAGCCAGAUUUCCUCGUUCUUCAAGAAGAAGGAGGAUGGCUCCCAGAGGCCAUCCACACUGUCCAUCAACAAAGAGCCAGAAUCUCCCCCUCUCCUCAGCUCUCCCUCACAUCCUCCUGAGUUUUAUGAAGAAGUUGCAGAAACUCUAGACAGGAUUGUUCAGAGGUCUCAUAGUACCAAGAAAGCCAGUCCAGUCCUCUCUGCCACCACAUCACUCAAACCUGCCCCUGCCGGAGACAAAGACCAGGUGGUGAAGCAGUUAGCACAGGUGCUGUCUAUAGAAGGGGACGCCAUCAACAUUAAGAUCCAGUCUGAUCCGUUCCUGCGCUCCACACUGACUCGUCUCUCCUACCCCUCGUUUGCCAAACUCCUGGACACCUUCGCCAGCGAGGCCCAAGUCCCCGCCCUGCCGGCCACCGCCAGCCCCACCCUGCGCCGUGUGGCUAUCACCAUGGAGGUGUCGCGCCGCGUCUUCACGGCAACCGGGACACAGCGCAUGCAGGGCUAUGCAGAGCGCUACAUGGAGAACUUUGCUCCAUGGGUCAAGAGCCAGGGAGGAUGGGAAGGCAUAGUGCAGCUGGAGGAAGUUUUAGAGUAUGACUGAACACCCUGCAGCACCCGGGGCAGCUGGGACCUGGGGCAGCUGGGACCUGGGGCAGCUGGGACCUGUCACGCUGCAGCACCUGGGGGAGCUGGGACCUGGGGCAGCUGGGACCUGGGGCAGCUGGGACCUGUCACCCUGGGGUAGCUGGGACCUGGGGCAGCUGGGACCUGUCACCCUGGGGCAGCUGGGGCAGCUGGGGCAGCUGGGACCUGGGGCAGCUGGGACCUGUCACCCUGCAGCACCCGGGGUAGCUGGGACCUGUCACCCUGCAGCACCUGGGGCAGCUGGGACCUGUCACCCUGCAGCACCCGGGGCAGCUGGGACCUGUCACCCUGCAGCACCUGGGGCAGCUGGGACCUGUCACCCUGCAGCACCCGGGGUAGCUGGGACCUGUCACCCUGCAGCACCUGGGGCAGCUGGGACCUGUCACCCUGCAGCACCUGGGGCAGCUGGGACCUGUCACCCUGCAGCACCUGGGGCAGCUGGAACCUGUGGUUUACUCUCCCUGCUCUCCCAGUCUCCCUGCUCAGGUGCACACAUGUCCCAUGUCCUACAUAGAGUAGGUUCAGGGGCAGCGAUUGAUGUACUUUGGGGAACCAAGUAGAGAACUUAGAUUCAGAGUGAUUUUUCAAGAGGGUGAAGAAGGGAAAGCUUUUUUGAGAUUUCCAAUAGAUUUGGAACCAGUAGUGUUUUAACACUAAACAUGUUUGUCAGUCAUGUAUUUUUAUGAAUCAACUUUUUUAUAAAUUAAAAAAAACAAACAUAUAAACAUGUUUUUCUGAAAA